UAUAUAGGGAACGGGGAAGUAUUUGGGAUUCGGCCAGGGUGAUGUGAAAGGCAGUUUCUCCCCUUCUCUCCUCUGCGAUAAAACUAUAAAAGUAGUGUCUUGUGCAGGUUAAACGGGUUUUCGGUGAAGAUCUUUUAAAUGUAAAGAAGACACGUGCUUUAGGGAUGGCGGAGGAUGUGGAUAAAGCGGUUCUCUUAGAGGAUGAGGAAGAGAAGGAGAAGAAGAGGAAGAAAUCUGUAAAUAAUGAUGGAGAUCAGAGCGCGAAAACGCGGCGCAUCUGGGCUUUCUGGACUUUAUUCACGGUCGCGUGCGUUCCGGUAAUCGGUACCGUGAUCCAGUGUUUCAGAACCGCACAGAUCUCCGAGCGUCACGAAGCGGCGCUGAAGACCCUAGGAGCAGAAGGACUUUUCCUCUUCUCGUCUCUGGAUGUAGAUCACGACCUCUACCUCAGUCCCGAGGAGUUUAAACCCGUCGCCGAAAAGCUCACAGGCGUCGCUCCUCCUGCGGAGUUCGAAGAGGAGUUCGUCUCUGACCCGAACGGAGAGAAGCUCACGCUUCACGCGGCCAUGCAACCGCUCCUGCUCGAGACCAUGACCAAGAGCAAGGACGGCUUUCUCGGGGUUUCCCAUGGUGCUCUGAGUGGGCUGCGUUCAUGGAAGCGUCCCGCUGUUCCGUCCUCCAGCUUCUCGGCUACUCAGUUCCGGAUCUUUCUGCCCCCGAAGGGUAAAGGGGAGCCGGGGGACACGUGGUGGAUCAUACCGAGUGAGCUCAACAUCUUCACUGGAUAUCUGCCCAACACUCGGUACCACCCGCCCACCCCUCGGGGCAAAGAGGUUCUGAUCCACACCCUGCUCAGCAUGUUUCAUCCUCGCCCGUUCAUCAAAUCCCGCUUCGCUCCUCAGGGAGCCGUGGCCUGUAUCCGAGCCGUCGGCGACUUCUACUAUGACGUCGUGUUCAGGAUACACGCAGAGUUCCAGCUGAACGACGUUCCCGAUUUCCCGUUCUGGUUCACACCCGGUCAGUUCGCCGGCCACGUCGUGCUCUCCAGAGAUGCAUCUCAUGUCCGAGACUUCCAUCUGUAUGUCCCUAAUGACAAGUCUCUGAAUGUUGAUAUGGAGUGGCUGUACGGUGCCAGCGAGAGCAGCAGCAUGGAAGUUGACAUCGGCUACCUGCCACAGAUGGAGUUGCGAGCGGCCGGUCCGUCCACGCCCUCCGUGAUCUACGACGAGCAGGGGAAGGCGAUCGACACCCGGGCGGAGGGAGGAGAACCCAUCCACUUUGUGUUCGAGGAGAUCCGCUGGAGCUCCGAGAUCAGCCGGGACGAGGCAGCCGGUCGUCUCGAGGUCACCUUUUAUCCUUUCAAAAAGGUGGCAUACCUGCCUUUCCCGGAAGCCUUCAGCAGGGCAGAAGCAGAGGGGAAACUGGUCCACUCCGUCCUGCUCUGGGGAGCGCUGGACGAUCAGUCCUGCUGAGGUUCGGGGCGAACUCUCCGGGAGACCGUCCUGGAAAGUUCGCCCGUCCUGGCCUUGCUCAACCAGAGCUUCAUCAGCAGCUGGUCUCUCGUCAAAGAGCUGGAGGACCUGCAGGUCGACGAGGAGAAUCUGGACUUGAGUCAGAAGGCGCGUUUACACCUGGAGCGGUACAGCUUCCCUGUGGAGAUGAUGGUGGCGUUGCCUAACGGGACCGUGGUUCACCACAUCAACGCUAACAACUUCCUGGACCAGACGUCCAUGAAGCCGGAGGAGGACGUGUCGGGGUUCGGCUUCUCGGGCGGGUUCGAGGACCCGUCUACCUCCGCGUACGUCCGCUUCCUGCAGGAGGGACUGGACAAGGCCAAGGCUUACCUCCAGUCGUCAUCGUCGUCGUCAUAAACACACACGUCUCUCAGUCUAACAGCCAGACUCCUCCAUGUCUCACACACACGUGAACGAGGACUUAUUUCCUGCACUGAAUUCUGGGAAUGAAUCUCUUAUAGCGCGUGACUGCAGAUUUUUUCAACACAUGCUAAUACAGUUUUGUUUUUAUAGUGACCAGGGUUUAAGUGUAGCGUGCUGGUUAUGAGAUUUUAACCUGAAUUAGCGAUUAGCGAUUAAGGCGAUCAUCAAAACUCCAGCUCUGAGGUAGAAAGAGGCGUUUAUUAAAGGAAUCGUUCGGCCAAAAAAUCAGCCGAGACACGUUUGUUUCUUUGGCUUCACUCUCACGAACACUUUUGGCCUAACUUUUGCUUUAAUCUUUUUUUGUUUUGUUUUUUUUUUUUUUAAUUUUAUUUUCCGCUAUCUUGUUCACUUUUUGAGUCUUCACUCGCCACCGAAUGUGCGGCGGCCUGAGAAAACCCUUCACACGGUGAAAACACGCUUUCCUAAACAAACAAAACAAAACAAAACAAAAAAGUACGAAAUAUUCCUCUUUCGUAUGAAUCUAAACGCGAAGUUAAAGUUCUAGCAUUUUUAUACCCGAUAUCUAGACCCGUGACCAGCGACGCACGCGGUAACCCUGCCCCGAUGUUGUCGUCGGACAUCUUGAGUAGCGGUGUGACUCCAAACCGGCCGCCGGGUCGCUCGCCGCGUCUCGACGGUCGGAGAAAUCUUUUACGGUGUGCCAUUCGAGUCGUGUCUGAAACUGUAAAAAAAAAAAAAAAAAAAAACCCGGGCUGAAGAUCGUACGGCGUGAAGCCGGCUUUAGCUGGCGAACUAUUUCGAAAUCUUUCAACAGACUCUUCAUAGAGUCACAUUUAAUAAAUCUUUCCGUAAAGGUAGAAAAUAAAUCAAUAAAAACACGUCUUUUUAAAAUUUUUUUGCCUUUUCUUAAAACGAACGUACGACAAAUUCUUUUCACUCAUUUUUGCUUUGACGUGUGACGGGUUUUCCCAGAAUGCCAUACCCCCAUCACACACACACACACACACACACACACACAAAUAUUAUUUUUUAGUUAGUUUUCAUGGACAAUGGCACUCCAGUAGCUGCUCAGUGUGUUCAGUGAUGGAAGUGGGUUUGUGUUUUGCUCAGCCAAGAUGAGUUAGAGUGUGUGUGUGUGUGUGUGUGUGUGUGUGUGUGUGUGUGUGUGUGUGUGUGUGUGGGGUUUAUCCUCGGAUGGAGCAGUUUGUGACGGCCUGCUCUGAAAGCUCACUGUGGUGGGACCAGGCCUGAUGUCUUUGUUCCAGUCCAGAUAUACACACACACACACACACACACACACACACACACACGAGCACACGCAACUGCUAGAAGAUCAGUGUAUUGUCUCGUCUUGUAGUCCCGAUCAUUAAUAACUAUGCAAAAUUGUUAUUUCCGUAAGAUUUGGGUUCAAAGCCGCUGCUUUCCUUAUAUUUAUGGAACAAAUAAAACCCAGUGUUAUUA